UGACGUUAUUUUUUAGUUUUGUUUUCUAUCUUUUUAAUCUAUGCAUUUCAUCAUUUCUGUAAUGAGUUUGAUAAAUAUGUGUAAAUUCUUUAUUGCUUGGACUACAAUGCUUCCGUCCAUCCGUGUGUCCAUCUGUCUGUCGUCUCAAAAGUGGCUCACAUGCCAAAAAAGUGUGGGCACCCCUGGUCCAGGAGUUGGCGGAUGCUUUGGUGCAGGUGUGGGAAGAGAUCCCCCAGAAGACCACCCACCGCCUCAUCAGAGGCUUACCCAGGCAUUGCAGGGAACCAUUUGGCCACGUGGAGGCCACACCCACGACUGAGCCUUAUUUUGACUGCUUUAAAGACAUUACAUCAAAGUUGGAUCAGCUUGUAGUGUGUUUUCGACUUUGAUAUUGAUUAUGAUUCCACAACCAGACCUUCAGAUGCUAAUAAAUGUAAUUUCUUUUAAUAAUUUUUGCAUGGUUGUGAUUUCAGCACAAGCAGCUGUGUAAACAAUAAAGCAUUUACGAGAAAUUUUCAAUGGUCCAGGCAUAGGAUGUGUUUUCGGUGUGUUCCAUUUAUUUUUUUGAGCAGUGCAUAUAUUUUGUGGUCAUGAGAAAACACUGGAACUGGACUUUACAAGAAAGUUCUCUCUGGCGACACCUGGUGGUCAAAAUAAGACGUUAAUAAAAAAAAGCAAUCUUCAGAAAAUUUUAACUUCAAUACUUUUAAAACUUCUAUCGAAAAUUCAGGAAAUGUUCAUUCGUUAAUAUUUAUUUCAUAAUUGAACAAGAUUAUUACAAACACCACCCAAAUUCAAUAGAAAAAAGCGGAAAAACAAACAAACACACAAAACAGCAAUUAGGCCUAUAACACAGUGACUUUAGUGCUCAAAGUGAGAACAUUUUAAAUGAUUUUCUAUUACUCUAGCUUGUUUAAACAAAUUCUUUGUAUUUUUUUUAUUUUGAUUGUUGUUCAUAUGUUUCAACUUAGUUUUGUUUGUCCACCUGUGUAAUCUUUUGAUUUCUCUGUGGUUUUGCUAGUAAAACAAGCGAGCGUGUUUGUAUAUUGCUAUGCUGGCUUAUUUUCUGGAGCAUUUUGAUUAAAUCAACUCUCCUAAAAUCUGAGUGCGGUGAUGACUGACCUCAAAAAUGCUGCUUUACAUUAAAUCUGCCGAAACGCGUCAAACCUGGCAACCAGCAGCGAUUUGUGAGUUGCUUUGCCCUUUAUUGCGUCUAAGUUUGAUAACAGUACAUCUACACUCUUUCAUUUAGGGUUUUUAUAUCAUUUAAUCUUUAUCAUCCAAUAAUUGAAAAGCACAAACGUCUUUUUGUUGUUUUCUCCAUUUCCUGGUAUCUUCCUCGCUAUCUGCAUCUUUUUGCGUCUUUUUUCUCGUGUUUACGGUAAAGCCUCCGCCACACGGAAGAACCGCUCAGCUAGCUCCUGCAAACACUCGGACAUGUAGAGCGUUAUUCUACGUCUUUCCCGUCACGUUUGGUCAUUUUCUGUUGCAUGGAAAGGUUCUCUGGUUGAUCUCCUGCCUAACCCCCCCCCGCACAGACAGAGCGUUGUCUGCAUUAUUGCCAUGGCGACGUGCAUCCCCUUCCAAACCCAGCUGUCGUCAAUAAUGGAGGUUCUGGUAAAGGCAGCGGUGGCAGAAAUCUCCAAACUGGUCGACGACAAAUGCGCUUUUCUGCAUCUGGAACUGUCUCGGAAGCAGAGCGAGAAUGAGAUGCUGAAGAGGAAGCUGAUGAUGAUGGAGGAGAGCAGGCGCGCGCAGCUGCCGCGCGGCCGCGAAAACUACCCCGACCGAGGAAGUGACGUGAGGAGCAACUGUCCUCACCCUGCAGGAGACAUUAAGUUUCAUCAGGUUGAAGAUGCUGCUGCUUCCUUCCCAAUUAAAGAAGAGAGUCCAGAUGAAUCGCUUUGGAUCAGUGACCCUGUUGGUCCUGCUGUUCAGUUCUGUACUGCCGGGCUGAAGGAUCAGAAGAUCUCUGACGGUAUUCGGGAGAAUUCAGAGUUCAGCGACUCGUACAACCCUGCUGCGCGUGCGGUGGGCGCCAACGGCCUUCAGUUCACCAUCAAGACGGAGAAGGAGGAGGGCCGGCUGAUGCUCCGGCAGGACGGAUGCCAGCACAGCGCGGGCAAGCCGGCUGGGGCGGCAGCGGACUUCUCCACGGAGGAACGGGAAAACCAGCUGUGGUCGUCCAUCAUUGAAGGUGCUGACAUCGACGCGGGUUUUCCCGACUUCUCGAGCGUAGUGGAGGAGUAUUCCAGCGCCUUCCCCGAGCAAUCAGACGCCGCUAACGUGGCGUUGAACUCCGGCAGGUCUCCCCAGACGUCCUGUCAGAGGCCGUGCAACGGGAUUUACCGAGGUGAGUUUAGCGCCCCGCAGUUAUCGGACUUUCCUCCAAGAACGCAGGCUGCUCUGUCGCAGCAGGACAAACCCAAGGAGCCGGUUUACAUGCAGACUAACUCAUCGCACGCGGCGCCGCUCCGUCAGCUGAGCGAGGAGUCUGAGAGGGUGACCCUGCCCGCAGACCGACCAGCCGUUGCCCACCCCCAGAACUCUUUCACCACCACCAGCAGUUUCUACACGCACAAACCCCUGCCUGGCCUGGCGCGCGGCUACACCUGCUCCCAGUGCGGGAAGGCCUUCAGCCGCCUCCACCAGUUCAAGCUCCACCAGCAAAGUCACAAGAGGAAGCGGGCGUUCUGGUGCGCCGUGUGCGGGAAAAGCUUCCAGUGUUCGUCCCACCUCAGCAUCCACCACCGCACGCACACCGGCGAGAAGCCGUACGGCUGCGGCCAGUGCGGCAAGAGGUUCACGCAGCAGAGCAGCCUGAGGGUUCACCAGCGCACGCACAGCGGGGAACGGCCCUACAGCUGCGCCCAGUGCGGGAAGACCUUCAUCCUGAUGCACCACCUGAAGCGGCACAAGAUCAUUCACACCUACAGCUGAGCGACGCGGCCUUCACGGUUUGAACCUGCAGGCCCACAGUCAUGCAUAUUUCUCUAUGCAAAGUCCAUCCGUGAUGGACGCUUCUUAUUUUAACCCUAACCCAAAGCAUUGCAGCUGGGCUCUUAUUCUGAAGGUUUAGGUCUUGGGGAGACACUUUCAAAGCUAGAAGUCCAAAAAGGAAGAGUCGUCUGCGUCCACACCGAUGGUGGUUUGACCCUGUCCUCCACAGGGAAACGCUGCCACCUUUCCCCGGCUUCACCUCUCCUCCCAACAGCUACGCCAUGCAUCUCUCAGGUUGAAGCUGCUCUGUCUUUUCAGUGGUUACUUCAGCAAACCUCCCCUUUUGUGUCUUUUGCAUUAAAGGUAUUUUUUAAAACACAAACUGAUGCAUUGAGCUUUUACUCUGAGCCUGUGAAUUCUCCUGUUUAAAGUCCAAAAAUCAGAUUAUUUUAGAAAAGUGUUCCUGACCUGAAGAGUCAACAUUAUUGUUACUCUGCUUUGUUUGGUUGAUCAGCACAAAAGAUUUAUUUAACCCCUUCCUGCCGUAUGUCACUAAACUCCAAUCUACACCAGAAUCCACAACUUCACUUAAUUUAUCCUCACCUUGAAUGGAAAAAACACUGAAGAAUAUUGUUGGAUAUAACUAAAAAUAAAUUCAGUUAUGAUGGAGUUAAAUGACCAAAACAUAUCAAAAUACCCGUAAGUUAAAAUAUUUUAGAAUAAAAUAGUCAUUACUAGUAUGUAAAGUAUCUACAACUGACAGGUGAAGGAAUAUUUUUAAACAAUAAAUGACAGCAAAGUUUUGUUUUCCUUGUUCCUAUUGAUGAAAUACCACAAGAGGGCGCUGCGCUUCACACCAUCGUUUUUGGGCAUUAAUAAAACAUAAAUUAGCCUAUUUUCCAAAUGUGAAAUCAUUUGCAACUUUUGACAGAGAUUCACAUGAUUUCCUUUCAAAAUAAAAGACACCCUUUGUCACAUCAUCUCAAUGCAGCAAAUGCAUUAGUAGGUAGUGUGAUGAUUAAAAAAAAGAAACACUUUCUUUACAGUUUGUGGGGCAUUUCAGCCAAAUGGAAUCAGAGCUAAUUAAGUGACCUUUACUGUGUUUUUUGAGCCAGAAGGCGAAAUUAAAAUCCUUUAAUUUGUUCAAAAAAUAGAAAAUCUGCCAAAUAAGUUGGUUUCCCGUUAAAACCGGUCGUUCCUCCAAUUGAUUUUCUGAGGUAAAUGAGGCACAAAAGUCCGUUGAAAUGUUUUGGUUGGACUUGUGAUUGUCUUUAAAUAAAGUUUGAGUAAAUUUA